CUCAAUUUGGAGUGAAUUCCCAAAGUACGGUAAUUCACUCGUUGAAUCACCGUAUACUAAAUAGGAUUAAGGAAUUACCUCUUCCAGGGCUAACAAUUCUUCAGAUAUCGCUAUGAAACCAACGCAUUCACUGCUCACUCCUCUACAGUAGUAAUCUUCACCGUGUCUGUUGUCAUGGAUGUCUCGGGUCAAUGCCGCCCUGGCAUGUAUAAACAGCUGAGGGGGUGUCAGCGUUUGCUGUGUUACUGCUCUUUGCCUUUCCGUUUGUCUCCUUGACCAAAAACUACACUCUUCCCAACCUCUGGAAUAUUCAAGUCCUUAACUCCAGUUUCCAGCUCUCUUUGAAUUCUCUUUUCUUAGCAAUCGUGACAGCGUCAAAUCAUGGGUCCCGCAGACCGUCUUCAGAUGCUCUUUGCCCAAGACGAGGCGUUUUUGCAGAUCAACACUCGUCUUCGUCCAGAAGCCGAGCCCUUCACGCCGGCCGCUGAGCAGACACUUCAGCCUGUCUUGGAAUCGCCUGAGGACCGCCCUGACCAGCUGCAGAUCCCAGUCCUGGAAGAUAAGGGUACUCUCAAAGUCUCUCCUUCAGACCCCGCGCCACCAAGUCCCCAUGAUGGGACGUUUUGCCCGAUCACUGCACUGUCCAGGUUUCCAUACCACCACAUCAGAGGAGAUCUCAUGCAGACCGUGGCAGGCAGGUUCUUUGACAAGGGCCAAUUCUGGGGUAGAACGUGGGAUUUGUACUACAUCCAUGCCCCUCCUCGCCUCGGCGGACGCCCCAUUGUGCUUGUUCCUACCGCACAGGCACGAAAACUUCUCAAAGACAUCAACCUUGCUUUGGAUUGCUCGCUAUCCCUUCCCGCAGAUGAGGAGAGGGGACUGGUGCUGCAACUCAACCGUGAUGGAUUCCCUCAGCCAACCUUCUUAGGGCAGACGAGCGAUAGACCCACCAAAGAUUCCCUAGAGUCGACAAUCCCACAGGCCUGCAACUACAACCAAGGCUUAUGCGAUCAGGAAACAUAUAUGGCCUUUGAGAAAAUGAUGGCUGCGGCCCUCUCAUCGGCAAAGACCAAAACCAAAACCAAGGCCAAGAAGCAACGCCUCCGUUUCCAGCGCGAGGUGGAAGCGGGCGAUGCCGUCAGACGUGCACAGUGUUAUCUGGGCUUGCGUGCAGAUCCCACUGACAUUAUUGACUGCAAAUGGGACGAACAAAAGGCUCCUGAGGUUGAGCCGCCGCAGCUCGCCUUGGACAAGCCCGCCCCAUAUACCUUCUUCGAAGAGCCCGUGUUCAUAAGUAUUGAUGUCGAAGUCAAUGAGCGCUGUCACACUUUGGUCACAGAAGUGGGCAUCUCGACGCUUGAUACUCGUGAUCUCAUCGGCGUCGCACCUGGGCCCCUAGGUGAGAACUGGCAAUCGCGGAUCAAAUCUCGACAUUUACGCGUCCAGGAGCAUGCUCACCACGUCAACAGUCUAUACAUCCGUGGAUGCCCAGACAAAUUUGAGUUCGGCACAAGCGAAUGGGUUGCAGCAGAUAACGUAUCAACCAUGGUGCAGAACAGCUUUGCCCUCCCGAAGUUUUUUGACGGGCCUGAGAAGAAACUGCGUCCGUUGGUCCUCGUCGGCCACAGCCUCGCCUCGGACAUUCAGUACCUCGAGCUUGCGGAUGUGCACAUUAUCGGCGAAUCGGACGGCAAACCGCAAUUCGCAGAUCGCAUCGACACUGCAACGUCAUUCAUGAUCAUCCGCGGGGAGACAGAGCCACGUUCGUUGGGCGCUGUUAUUGGAGAAAUGGGCAUGACUGGGUGGAAUCUGCACAAUGCUGGCAAUGACGCGCGUUACACCAUGCAGGUUCUGGUUGCCAUGUUGGUGAAGCACAGCAUUGACUCGCAGUAGCCUUUUUCUUUUCAUUCCUCGCACUGACAUGUUUAAUAACUCGAGGUCGCAUACCUCCCGCAGUCCGUUUGUUCAUCUUAAACACUGAAAUGCAAGUACAUUGCGCCGUCAAUCUAUGGUCUAAUAAUCAGCCUCUCCCAUCAACUCCCGAUACACCUUCUUAUGCUGCUCCAGUAGGAUUAAUGUCGCAACAGUCUGCGGUCCCAACCUCACAAAACUCGGCAACCACCCUCUAAACACCCAAAAAACACCAUCACUCCUCGUCAAUUCCGCCACAACCCUCCACACCGACCUCCUCUUCCCACCACCACCCCCCAUAAGCUGCGUCUUGACCACAUCAACCGGACUACACACAGUCGUAGCCACGAACGCAGCGCCCAGACUUGCCC